ACUAUGUAAAGGUUCGAAAAGAUUAACUCUCCGAUCGAGACUACGCUUGGACACCGUUGUAAACAUUGCGAAAAUAAAGUCUGUGGAAUGUUUGAACAAAUCUUGCCCGAGAAGCACUAGAUUUGUUAACGCUUCUCAAUGGGUUGUGGUGCAUCUACAGGUACCACAGGCUUGGCUCCUGGAGCUCGCUCAGGCUAUGCACCUCUUGGAACAAAACCAGCUUCUAACUUUGAUUUUGCUGACAUAGCAAAGACAUGGCAUGCUUUGGCUAAGGCUGAGGAUUUUGUUAAACAUGGCACCAAAGUUAACAUCCUCCCAGAAAGGAGAACAGGAUGGAAGACAGUCCGUAUAUUUGUGUCGUCCACUUUUAAAGAUUUUAAUGCCGAAAGGGAAGUCCUAGUGAAAGAGGUGUUUCCAGACUUGAGAGUUUGGUGCCAAGAGAGGCGUCUGCAUCUUGUGGAAUGUGAUCUCAGAUGGGGAGUACCUAAGAAUACAUCGAAUGAGCUCGUCUUGAGAACCUGUCUUGAAGAAAUUGACAGGUGUGUCAAGGAGAACACUAUGCCCUACUUCAUUAAUAUGCUCAGUGAGCGAGUUGGAUGGGUUGUAAAGGAUGGUGAUGUCCCCUCCAAUCUCCUGGACCACUAUCGCUUGUUUUAUGGACUUUCAGUCACAGAGAUGGAGAUUGUUCAUGCAGCAUACAAGAGGAUCAAUCCAAAUUCUAUCUUUAUGCUGAGGGACACUAGUUUCCUACAAACAAUGCCAACUGAGCAUGCGAAGCGCUUUUUGGACGACAGCGAUGACCAAGCUAAGCAUCACCAACAAAAAAUGACUGUUUUGAAAGGAAAAAUUCAAGAAAGAUUUCCAGCUGAGCGUGUGUUGGUGUAUUCAGCAGAAUAUGUAGGACCUGAUGAAAAAGGGAAGCCGAGGCUGAAAGUGUCUGACACUUUCAAAGAAAGGGUGGAGGAUUUUUUCAAGGAGCGUAUAAGUGAGCAAUAUCCGAUGUCGGCUCUGAAGGAACAAACGACAGACAAAUACCAGCUGGCUCACGAUGCUCAGGAGGCUUUCAUGAAGAACAAAAGUGAGAUUGUGCUUGGGAGAGAUGCACUGGUGGAUCAGAUCAUCCAGUAUGUUGCUGAGGGAGAGCGUGAUGUCCCAUUAUUAGUGCUGGGAGAGCCUGGGUCUGGGAAAUCAUCUGUCAUGGCGAGAGUGGCAGACAUAAUAGAAGACAAGGCCAAACUGGGGGAAAUAAAAGGUGGGGGAGGACAGCAAUGGCACAUCUUCUACCACUUUGUUGGCGCAGUUCCUGGAUCCACGGAUGCUGAGCCCAUGAUUCACCGUCUCCUGAAAGAACUGGGAGUCAUCACAGAUGACAGCCAACUGCCAAAAGACCUGGAGUCGGCAAGUCAGUUGUGUUUCAGUAUUCUCUCCAACACCAGCACCAAGCCUGUGGUGAUUUUGAUCGAUGCUCUGAAUCAGAUGGAUGAUGAUGACCCUGCAUUAAAUAUGCUGUUUGUGCCCCCAAAACUGUCCCCAAAUGUCCGCUGUGUGUUCUCCAUGAUCCCGGGGACCCCUCAACACAAGGCCCUGAUGAAACGGGAGAGCCAACCCAAAGAACUCCCUGUGCAGCCCCUGGAUAUGAAAGCUAGAGAGGAAAUUGUCCAGACAUUCUUUUCCACCUACAACAAACAACUUGAUCCGAGUCAGUUCAAUUUACUGAUGAAUAAACCGUCCACUAAUAAUCCACUCUGGCUGUCCAUUGCGUUAGAGGAGCUGCGCGUGCACGGGGACUUCUUCACUGUGACGGAGAAGAUUAAAAGUUUGAAGGAGGAACUGCCAGGGUUACUGUCCCAAGUUUUAGAGAGGUUUGAGAGGGAAGCUGGCGGCAACCUGUUGAUUGCCACCCUGUGCAUGAUUGAGGUGUCCAAAGGCGGGCUGCUGGAGUCUGAACUUCUAAUUCUCCUGUCAGAUGAAGAGAACCUCAUGCCUCCAUCUAGUGGGGCUGAAAAGGGUGCCAGAGAUGCCCCAGAGAAACGAUCAGCAGCACAGAAGGGGGCAGCUAGAGGGCAGUUGAGCUACUUCAAGUGGGCUUCAGUAUACAGAGUACUGAGGCCCUUCCUCCGCCCAUAUGGCCAAAGUGGAGAAGGGCGACUGGAUUUUUAUCACAGGACACUAAGCAAGGCCAUAAGACAGAAGUAUUUCAAUGGGCAAUCUGAAGAGGGAUGUGAUACUAACACAAAGAAAUUGUACAGGUGGUGGCAUAGCAAACUUGCUGACUUCUUCUUGGGUUUGGAUAAUAUAGAACGAAAGGAAGAGGAGCUUCCCUUUCACCUGAUAGAGCUUGGAGACACCAACAGGCUGGAGAAAGUUCUACUGGAUUGGGCAAUGUUUGACAGGCUUUAUCGUGAAGACUGGAGCGCUCAGCUUCACACCUACUGGAGGCAGGUUGGUGACACAGACAGAAUGAAAACUCUCUACCUGGAAGCUUUGCACAACAUGGAAAAUUCUCCUGAUUUUGAUGAGGCCCGGUUGGCUUUGAGAUAUGAAAAAGUUGCAAGGGUAUUAUCUCAAGUGGGGUUCUUCGAAGAACCAAAAGCAUUAGCAGAAAAGGCCAUGGCUAUGGAAGAGACGCUGUUGGGAAAGAGACCAGAAAGAAUGGCACGUCUGUACAAUCUGAUGGCUAAAGUCUGGGAUGAAGGAGUCAUAAAGAAAUAUGAAUUUAUGUACAGAAGUCAGUUACCAGACCUGAAUACUUGCAUCGAGUGGUAUGCCAAGGCCAUUGAUGCCAUCAAACCCCUGGCUGUCAACUCCAAAGAACUCAAGUCCAAGUGGGCAUCUGACAUGUCUCGGAUCACGUUUCACCUGUCUGGGUGGUCCCUGCGUGGCGGUAACACCCAGCGUAGUGCACAGGCAGCAUUGACGGAUGGGAAGGAAUAUAUUAAAGCUGCACAACAGGUCUUUGAGGAGCUUAAUGACAUUGGGAUGCUUGCUGAGACAACUAUGACUGAAGGAUUGUUAUGUCAAAGCGCUGUGCCUGAACAGCUCAAGCUUUAUGAAAAGGCCAAAACAAUGUGUUACCAGGUCUAUGGAGAAAAGUGCAUUUUGGCUUCUCGGAUCAUGACAAAUACAGGCAUUCAUUAUGAAGAGCUGCGAGAUUACCUGAAAGCCUACGACUGUUUUAAGAAACAGGCGUACCUUUGUGUGGAGAUCUAUGGCCCCAAACAUCCCAUGACCGUGCGGUCAAUGAACACAAUCAGAGAACCAAUGUACAGACGUAUUGGGGCUCAGUUAGGGGACCCUCCUCCACCUCCAGCAGAGUAA